GCAGCGACGAACCUCCCGCUCCUGCUAUCAUCUGCACUUGUUAUCAACAAACGCGCGAAUGUACCUCGCGUCCAUCACAGUGUUUCCCUAUAUAAGUGAGCUUUAAUGCUUCCAGUCUGGUGGCCUAAGGCGCUGCGCCACAGUACCCAUGGUUUCGGACAGCACGCGCGAUUCUCGUUCCGCGUUUAGAUGUUCGAGUAACGACUAGAUACCACCUUUCGUCUCAACACAACUGGAUUGUAUACCCAGCAUUUGCGUUGGAAUCGCCUCACAUUCCCGAGCUUUGGUCAUUUGCAUGAGAAUAGGUUUACUCGAACUUAUACAGCAUUCUCACAGUACUUGUCUAUCCUUCCUCACUUCCAUAUGAUAGACGCGAUACUUGAUACAGUUGUACGACACGAGGAACAUUCUAGGGGAGGAUAAAUCUGACCUUAUUGCCGCGACCAUGGCUUCUGAGUCAAAGUCGACGCUCUAUCCCAAGAUCACCACCCAUAUCAAAGAGGUCAUCAAAACGCUAAAGUACAAGCUUCGCGAUCCAGAUAAGCCCGAGGAAGAACCAGUUACCGGCCCUAUAUCUAUUGUUGGUACCGUCAAACUCCAUGGGACACACGCAGACAUCCUGGUUUCGAGCGACAACACCAUAACCCUCCAGUCCCGCAACAAUUCAGUCUUGCUAGAAACGGCGGAUAACUUAGGUUUCGCAAAGUCUAUGUCCACCAAACGACCUGCCAUUCUCAGAUUGCGCGACGAAUUUCUAGUUCGAUGGAAGAAACUGAACCCGGAAGAGACGCUGGACACUGCGUUACCCGUCACGAUAGCUGGGGAGUGGGUCGGCGAGAAGAUUCAAAAAGGCGUCGCCAUCUCCAAGCUCUCUCGGCGGCUCGUCAUUAUCUCUGCCAAGAUCAAUGGCAGCUGGGUUGCAGACGUCGAUUACGCAGAUAUCGAAGCUGUCGAAGACGACAUCUACAACAUCUCGCGCGCGGGUACCUACCGCUCUGUACUUUAUCCGGAAGAACCACAAAGAACGAUUGACGCACUUGAGCCGCUUGCCGAUACGAUUGCCGCUCGGUGCCCUUUCGCAGCAACGUUUGGUGUCACGGGCGAAGGCGAAGGGCUAGUCUGGAAGCUUGUUCCCUACAUAUCUGACUCGGACCUCUGGUUCAAGACCAAAGGCGGGCGCUUCAAGCCAACAUUUACGCCUGCGCCGAAAAAGCCGCCCGUGGACCAGGCAGAGAAGCGAGAGGCUGCGCAGGAGCUUGCGCAAGCGUGGUGCUCAGAACAGCGUCUGGAACAGGGAUGGGACUACCUACGAGAGAACGGACUUGAGCAAACCAUGAAAGGCAUUGGUGCUUUUCUGAAGUGGUUGCAGCUUGACAUCUUGAGCGAGGAGAAGGGUUAUAUUACUGAACACAAGGUCGACGAAGAUCUGUUGAGAAAGGAGAUCAUCGCGAGAGGAAAGCCUUGGUACUUGGAGAGAUAUCAUGUUGCAUGAUUGGUGUCGCUAGGUUGAGAGGCCGGCACGAAGGAGGCUCUGAUCAGUCUCAUACGCUAUCGCAGCCUCCUUCACCUAUCUUUUAUUCAAUCAGAUGCUAUUUUUGCCUCUC